AGGUGGCACGUCUCUCUCUCUCUCUCCGUUAGGAAAGGACGCGGGAUGACAACUUGCAGAGUUGUACUCCCCGCCGCGUCGAUAAGGAGGAAAUUGCAGAUGCAGCCGAGCGUAAAGAGGAGGAGAAGAGUCGCGGAGGACCUUCCGAGUCGGAGGUUGUGAUCCAGUUUCCACCUGACUUUAUUAUUCUCAUCUCUGCAAAGUCAGAAAGAGGAUUCCUGCUGCGGCGGGAUAAGACGGCUUCCACACUUUCCUCACCUGAAGUGUCCCUUACCUUCCCCAGUGUCUGCUAGGAGAUUGAAGGAAAACCUCUUGACAGACUUGGAAGAGCUUGGCCCGAGGCGAAACCAGAGCUCAGAUAUAAAAGCCGGGCGAAGGACAUUAACCCAUUGAGAAGUGGCUGCAUCCACCAUGGAGGUCUGCACGACUUCGAGGAAACUUACUUUGCUCUCAUUUACCUUCCUGUGGGGGCUGUCAGGCAUAUGGGCCCAGGUCCAGUUCCUGAUGCCCCAAAAAAGUGUAGAUGUGAUCAAGGGUCAGACGGUGGUGCUGCAGGCCUCAUACGACGCAAACCCUGGCAGUGAUCUCGACACCCACACCGUCGUCUGGAACUUCGUCACUAACCCCACCCAGAUGAUCAUCUCCUACACCAAAGGCUCCAUGAGUGUGGUCAGCUCCCAGUUCAAAGGUCGCGUUGGUUUUGCCAAUAACAUGCCCUCCAGCAAUGUGUCGCUGUACAUCAACAACACCCUGGAGUCCGACUCAGGACGCUACCUCUGUCAGGUCAUCAUUCCUGAAAAGGAUGGUCUCUCUGGUGAUCUCAGUGUGGACGUUAAAGUCCCUCCUGCUGUUCCUAAGUGCUCUCUAUCAGGGAAGCCGGUGCUGAAAGGAAACGUGACUCUGAACUGUAAAUCCAGCUCUGGGAAACCCAUCCCUGUGUACAAAUGGAAGAAAACCAGUCCAACCUCUGAGGUCUUCUUCUCCCCCAUGCUCAAUGAGAAGACUGGCGCUCUGAAGUUGAGCAACCUAAGUGGCAACAUGUCAGGAAAGUACGUGUGCACAGCGAGCAACACAGCCGGGUCGGAGAGCUGCAUCAUCGACCUGGAUAUCGUCACCUCCACUAAUGUGGGGAUGAUUGUUGGCGCCACGGUGGGCUCCGUGGUCGGCUUCCUCUUCCUCAUCCUCAUCUGCCUCGUCUUCCUGGUGAAGAGGCGGAGAGACAACGAGGAUGACAUGGCAAAUGAAAUCAAGGAGGAUGCUCAGGCUCCCAAGCGGGUGUCCUGGGCUAAGAGCGGCAUGGGUUCUGACAUCAUCUCCAAGAACGGCACCCUGUCCUCCAUCGCUUCCAGCCCACACCACAAAGAUCCCCCCCACCACCACCACAACAACCACAACCACCACCACCUGCAGCAGUACCCUCAGCGCCCGCCCUCAGACACAGCGUCCAUCAUCACUGCCACCGGCAGCACGGCCGGCUAUAGACCGUCCCGCCAGCACGGUGCCUCCACCCCCACCCACUACAGCUACAACAACAACAGCACCCUGCCGCGCGGACAGGCCGUCUCUUCCGUGGCCAGCACCAACGGGAGCUCCCUACCCGGGCCGGAGCGCUACACCCAGCUGCCCCAGGCCCAGGCACUGCCACAGACCUACAGCCAGCCACAGCUGCAGCUCCAGGUCGCUCCCUCACCCCCACCGCUGCCCACCUCCACCAUCACAGCCUCCAACAUCACCCGCAUGGGAGGGGUGCCCAUUAUGGUGCCUGCACAGAACCAGGCUGGGUCCCUGGUCUAACAGCAGCCAGCGCUGACAAGAAACAGUGAAAUACUGCCCCUGUACAAUUUUACCAAGGGUCAGCUGCUGAUUUUUUUUUUUUUAAAGGGAACGCUUUACUUCACAACUAUUAAGCAAAGAUUUAUUAUAGAUGAAAAGGUCAAUUACUGCCGCUUGCUUUCAAGCCAACAGACUCACUGUUUACUUGCUUUAAGUAUACUCAAGUCUUUUAUAUUCUGCACUGUAUACAUUGCAAACUAUGUAUAGAUUUUCAUAUAUUUGUUCAGUAUCCUCUUUUCUACUUUAUCAGUGCAUUUCUAAUGUUUGUUUUUUUCAUAUUUAGCUUUUUCGAUGUAAUGUUUUUUCCUCCUAUGAGCAGCAGCUAAAACAUCACUGGAGGUUUUCAUGUGGAUCUAAGUCUCACAGAUGGUGGUGCCAGUCCGAUACGCUAUAUCCAUCAUCUGUACCAAGAAAAACUACCUGAAGGACGACUCAUCAAGACCAAAAUAUGAUAAAGCACAGUGUGGUUCAGUGUGUUGAAUGUUGCUCAAGGGUAGCGGGUGUAAUAUAUGAAGAUGUAUGUAUUGAGAAGUACAUUUCUGUUGCAGGCUUAUGAAAAGAAAGCAACGACAACAUAAUGUUUCUGCCAUACAUACGAUAAAGUUUAGCACAGCAUGGUUUCCUAAUCUUCAUUUUGGCUUUACUUCUGUCAGGUUUUCAUCUUACGAAAUGCUCUUAGACUCAAUUCUUAAAACACAGAUUAGCAAAAGCUUCUUAUAAUAUUGAACACUAUUCAGAACUGCAGUUUGGUGACUUUGCUAAUACGCAAGCUCACUCUUGAGUUGUAAUGAUUUACAGUUGUCUGCAGCAUUGGAAUUGUAAAUAUGAUAUUUAUUUUGUGGUAAAUGUGUGACAGAGCAUAGAAUAUUAUUGACUAUAACCUGUAGGGAACAUGCUGUAUGACACAGGUGACCAGUUUGCCUGCAACACUGGAUAUUUAGCCAAAGAUAUACAGCAAUGAGUCUCAUCUUUAUGUCAGACUGUUGUCUUUUUGUGUUAGGUUGUUUUCUAGUGUAGGGGUAAAUAAGUAUGGAAAGCAACAGGACAUUGUGAUUCAUUGUCAAAAACCCUUUCAGACAAACUUCGUACAAGGAACGGCAGAGUGAUGUGACGAUCGGCGUACGUUUGUCUGUUAGCAACAUUACUCAAAAACGGAUUUGGAUGAAUUUUUGUUUGGAAAGGUCAGAAAUAACACAAGGACCACGUGGUUAAAUUCUGGCAGUGAUGUUGCUCAUAGUGUGGAUCCAUGGAUUUGUUUAAGAUUUCUGUGACGUGAUGUCAUUGUAACUAUGACUACAGCUCACGAUCUUAUUUGAUUGUCGAAAACUUUGAGGAAAUGGUGACAAGAAGCUGAUUCCAUUUCCUCUGGCACAAAAACUAAUGUGAGGAUGUUUUCGAGCCUCGAUGUGCCUAAUUGGUGAUUUUUGUACUAUUUUUUUUAGUUUGAGGGAAGAUAAGAUGCUCUAUUCCGCAAAGUUCUGAGUCAUUAUGUCUGUUUAGAAUAACCACAGAAUAUUGCAUCAAAUAUUUGCUGGUAAACUAUAAUAUAGUAUAUUGUAAAUGAGCACUAGAUUUGUGCCCAAAAAUUGUGUGGGGAAAGGAGAAUAUCUGAGAAUAUCUGCACGUUUUGAAUCGUAUCUGUAAACCUCAUUCACUUCUGUAAGAAUGUAUCCGAACAGCUGGAGUGAUCCUGCCACACGCAUACUGACAGAUUCAAUACCAUAAAUAUGAAAUUUAGUAUCUGCAAAAGUUAAGAACUGAAAUCCAAAUGUUAAUUUGAAUUGCUUGUUUUUCUAAGGAUUUGGAGGGAGGAUAAAAGUGGGUCCUGCUAUCUGUUCUGCUGUAUUGUCACUACACUGGAGCUUAAUCUUACUUUUUGGCUUUUUUGUUUUAUUUUCUUUAGUGUGCAAUGAAAUUUUUCCAUUUAUGAUACCAACCAUUCUGAAAUGGAUCAUUUAAUGAUGUUGAAGAGAAACACACUGUUAAAGCAUCAUGUACAGACCAUUAGUGAAAAUAAGCUUGGCAGGACAGUUAAAGCAAAUUGUAGUUAUAACGUGAACUAUCAAUGGUUUUGUUGAGGUUUUUUUUAACUUUAAAAGAAAAUGCUUUUGAUGAGUUGGAAUUAUUUCUGAUUUGGCGUUAGAAAUUGUGAAUGGGUCCUUUAAAAAGUGUACAUUAUGAACUUUGAAAUCUAUUCAAGACAAGCCUUUAUUUUUAUACAGUAGUACAUAAGGAGCACAGAACAGAAUUUAUAAAUCAUAAAUGUUUCGUGAAUACUGAGCUGUAAACCAGGAUGGAUUGUAAUACUGCUGUGGACUAACUGGUAGCCAAACACGUGCUUAUUUAUGCAGAAGGCCCAAACUGUGGACAUUAAUGUGCAGUGUGCGUUUGUAUCCUCCAUAUUUAUGUUCAUGAAAAAUGCCUUGUAUGAUAUUUUCAAUUAAAAUACAAAUGAAUGGU